AUGCCUGGCCCCCGUGCUAUGCAAGUCCCUGCGUUCAUAGUGAUCAGCGGGCCGCAGGGCAUCGGAAAGUCUGCGAUGCUGAAAGGCUUGCUUGCACACCGGCGCCAACAGGGGAAAUGGGUGCUGCCCAUACUUCGGACUUUGCAGCCGGGCGACAAGCUUGAGCUUGCGGCUAUCGUUGAAGAGGUGCUGCUGGCCGACAGGGUUCCGGAGAUCUUCCCUCAGCUGCGCUUACCAUUUGUGCAGUUGAUGAGACAGCUGAAGAGCAGGUGCCUGAAGAAGACUGGGCACCCACUGACAGUCUAUAUGCAAUUGUCAACGCAGAACCGUGCCGACGACUUCGACCAGAACCAGUGCGAGGCGAUCGCCGCUGCCGUCGGCGGCUUCGCGCGGGAGCUCACCUACGAGUACGCUUUGUGCAAGUUCGUGCUGGAAGUGUCCGUGAGCGGCCGGGUCAAAAUCGGGCGUCCCGGGUGUUGCCUAGGUGCUGUAACAGACAAGUUCAACAUGUCCCGGCUCGUCGUGGUGGACCCACUGCCUUUGAAGAGCUUCGUGGAGUUGGCCCUGGAGAUUCCGGAGAUUGUCGAAUAUCUCAAGAUGGACGAGCUCAGCCGGCAGGAGGUACUCAAGUACUUCUACUUUCGCGCUGGCGGCAGCUUCCGCGAGCUGCAGCUGCGCCUGGAGGACGCGGCCAAGGCCAAGGCCCCAGAUGCGCAGGGCAUCAAGGGCGAGAUCGACCAGUGGUACAGGAAGAAGAUCCAGCCCAUCAAGGACGUUCUGGCUGAGACGGAGGAGGAGGAAGAGGAAGAAGAGGAGGGAUGGCUGGAGAAGUUCUUCCGAGAAAUGCGGGGCGAGAAGAAGCCCAAGAAGGAGCCGAAGUCCAAGUACCUGGACUACCUGACGAAGGUGGCCGAGGCGGGCCCAAAAGGUUACUUGAGCAGGGGCGAUGCCCUGGACAAGGAGACGGAGCUGCAGAUGGAGCUCCGGCGCUUGCAGCCGGCGCAGGCAGUCCUCCGGAGCACCACGAGUACCAGG